GAUCCAAUUUCGUACGUGGAGACGACGGCCUUGUCUUGGAAUGAAACACAAUCGCUUUAUCUAUCAAGAGUGAAAUACAUAUUCGUCUGCCACUUUCGGAAAAUAUCAGAUCGAUGGGCUUUCUCUGAAACUGUAGCUAUAAUGGUCCAUGACAGGAGUGAGUAAGCUCAUGAGGAUGAGAAGAGCACAGGUGCAGCAGCAGUGUUCAGGGCUGUGAGCUCAGUGACUCUCUCUGUGGGCUCAGGAUGGCUCAGGGAGGCCCUCAGUUAGACUAUCACAUCCUGCAGGACCUCAAGCAGCGCUUCCCCGAGAUCCCAGAGGGAGUAGUGUCCCAGUGCCUUCUGCAGAACAACAAUAACCUGGAUAUAUGCUGUCACCUGCUGGCUCAGGAGAGUAACAGAUACCUCUAUGGGGAGUACCAAAGUCCGGAGGAGGCCCGCCUGAGCCGGAACCACAUGCUGCACAUCCAGCUAGGGGGCUACCCCCCCUCGGAGGCGGGCAAGGACAACGGAGGCGGGCGCUCCCUGGUGCACAGCUCCAGUGACGGUUACAUUGAGCCCCAGCGCGUCGGCUUCACGGAGCCCCACUCGGCCCCCGCCACCAUAGCCCCCUCGCUGGGGUACAACCCCUUCAUGAAUGACCACGGUGGGCGCACGGCCAGCACCCCCACUCCGCCUCCCGUGCAGGGAAUGUCCCCUACCUACUCGCCUGUUCCUCGCUACACCAUGAACCCUAUCACUGUCACUCUGUCCCAGAACCUGCCCAACGCCCCCCAGGCCCUGCAGAUCCCCGCCGGUCACUAUGGCAACAGUGGCGGUAAUGCCCUCUACAUCCGGCCCUCCCCCUCCCAGAGCCCGCAGCCCUCCCCCUGGCCCUCGUCCGGGCAGCCCGUGUAUCAGCCCUCGCCCUACACCACUCCCACCUACCAGUCCCCGUAUAGCUCCCCCCAGCACCAACCCCAGCAGCAGGUGCAGCCCCAGCAGCAGGUGCAGCCCCAGCAGCAGGUGCAGCCCCAGCAGCAGGUGCAGCCCCAGCAGCAGGUGCAGCACCAGCAGCAGGUGCAGCACCAGCAGCAGGUGCAGCACCAGCAGCAGGUGCAGCACCAACCCCAGCACCAACCCCAGCACCAGCAGACCCAUGUCUUCCUGCCCAUCAGCCCUCCCACCUUGGCCAGCAUGCCCUACCACCACCAGCAACAACAGCAGCAGCAGCAGCCCAUCUACCGGCCGUACCUACCCAAGAGCUCCCUGAAGAACCAGAUUGAGAUCACCCUGGAGGGCCCGCGGCCCCGCAGCAACUCCCCCGUGCACUGCCCCCCGGGACAGACUCUCUACAUGGCUACCAGCCCCUCGCCCAGCUCACCCCAGCGGGGCCUCAGCCUGAGCGGGGGGAGCUCUGCCACCUUCCACCCUGGGGUAUACCUGCACCAGUGCCCCGCGCGGCCCCGGCCCACUUCCUCACCCCAGCCAGGCAGCCAGGCGGGCUACACCUUUAAGAUCAAAGUGUCCCCAGGCCAGGCCCAGCAGCAGAGGCCGCUCUCAGGUUCCCCUCCAGUGGCCUCCUCUCCUGAAUCUCUGCUCAACAUGGUGGACCAGGGGGAGCAUCACGCACUGGCCCCGGCACCCAUCCUGCCCAUCUCAGCCCUGCCCGGUAACAUCGUCAGCCACAUCGCCAACCGCAUGCCGCGCCGCUCCAGCUCGGGCUCCGACGACUACGCUUACACCCAGGCUCUCCUGCUGCACCAGAGGGCCCGGAUGGAGCGUCUGCUGAAGGAGCUGCUGAUGGAGAGGCAGAAGCUGGAGCAGCUGAAGGCAGACGUCAACGACAUGGAGUACGACGCCCUCCAGAGACGCUUCAGGCGAGUCAACAGCACCAGCCUCAUCCCCCGGCCUGAAGAGAUGACCCGGUUGCGCAGUCUGAACAGACAGCUACAGAUUGAUGUCAACUGUACCCUGAAGGAGACGGAUCUUCUGCAGUCUCUAGGGAAGUUUGAUCCGCAAGCCGAGAACAACUUUUAUAAGAACAUUCAGACCGGUCCCGUGGUACCGCCCAAGCCAGGAAGAAAAGAGACUCCCUGUGUGGACAUUCUCCAAAUGUUUUUGAAAGCAUUUCCUUCUCAGACAGGUCUUAAAAUGGUGACGUGUGUUUGUAUGAUUGGUGUGUGUGUGUGUGUGUGUGGUGUAAUGACAUUUAAUUUCGUGCUUGAUAUUGUAAUUUUGAGUUAACUCACCUUGUUCGCCACUAAAUAGUCUCACCCUCGUUGGUGAUAUACGACAGCCAUUUUGCACCAGAAGGCUCACCGCUACCACACCAGCUAUAGCAGUGGAAGGAUUGUGGCAAUUUGAUCCUGUAUAUGACAGUAGUAGGAUAAAGGUGCAGGUUAUGCAUCUAGCCAUGACACCAGUGUGGUCGACACCCCUGCGCUUGCCAUGAAUGCCUAUGGGAUCCUUGCUGAACAACGAGUUAGGCCCUCUGUUAACAUCCCAUUGAGAAAAAAAUUCCUCCCCUGUUAUGUUUGGUACUGUGAUGAUGAACCGGUCACGCCAGUUUUGCAGAGUGCGAGACCUGCCUCUUCAUUUAGAUGCAACUAGUGGGUGAGCAGUGCGGUUUCGUGUGAGGCUCGCGCUGCUCAGAAUAAAAUUACGCUGGUUCAGUUGACAAGAUUCCGUUGCGCGGAAUCCCGAGAACACUUGAUAAAGUGGCUUGCUGUCUUCUCCUGCCGGCAAAAUGCAGUGUAGCAUCUAUUUAAAAAAAACUGUUUUCCUAACGCCCCAGUUUACCUCUGUAAGACUUGUGGUAUUUGCUGUGUUUGUUGGUGCGAUACUAAGUAGAGCUGGGAAUCGCCAAGGACCUCACGAGACAAUAUUAUCACCAUAUUUAGGUGCCGAUGCGAUAUGUAUUACGAUUCUUACAAUUCUAUAUGUAUUGCAAUUUAAUGUUCUAAGCAUAUUGCUGAGAAAACAACAAGUUUUGGUUAAGGAAAUUAAAGUGCUGAAAACAUGCUUGCUCACGAUUGAGAACAAGCUAUAGGAUGAAACAUACAGGAGUUUUGGGGGCAGGAACAGCUGACUAGCGCUAGUUAACGCUAAGUACUGAAGUAAAAAGAAAAAAGAGGUGUGUGUAUAUAUAUAUAUAUAUAUAUAUAUAUAUAUAUAUAUACUUGGAGUCGAAUAUCUAUAUAUUAUCGUCCCAAAAUAAUAUUGCAGUAUGUACAGUGAAAAAAUGUUUACCGUAAAGUGUUUCAUGAGCUGAGCUAAAACAAAAUAUCUCAAGACAUUUUCCAUAUGCUCAAAGCAUAUUUCUCAUGUUUUUACGUCCCUGUUAGGGAGCAUUUCUCCUUCGCCAAGAUAAUCCAUCAACCUGAUUGGUAUGGCAUAUCAAGAAGCUGAUUUAAACAGCAUGAUCAUUACACGGGUGCACCUUGUUCUGGGGACAAUAAAGGCCACUCUAAAAUGUGCACUUUUGUCACACAAACCAAUGCCACAGAUGUCUCAAGUUUUGAGGGAGUGUGCAAUUGGCAUGCUGACUGCAGGAAUGUCCACCCGAGCUGUUGCCAGAGAAUUCAAUGUUAAUUUCUCUACCAUAAGCCACCUCUAAUGUUGUUUUGGAGAAUUUGGCAGUAUGUCCAACAAGCCUCCCAACCCGCAAACCAUGUGUAUGGUGUUGUGUGGGAGAGCGGUUUGCUGAUGAACCGAGUGCCCCAUGGUGGCGGUGGGGUUAUGGUAUGGGCAGGCAUAAGCCACGAACACCAAUUGCAUUUUAUCGAUGGCAAUUUGAAUGCACAGAAAUACAGUGAUGAGUUCCUGAGGUCUGUUGUGAGGCCCAUUUUCUUUUAAGGUAUCUGUAACCAAAAGAUUAAUAUCUGUAUUCCCAGUCAUGUGAAAUCCAUAUAUUAGGGCCUAAUGAAUGUAUUUAAAUUGGCUGAUUUAUGGACUGUAACUCAGUGAAAUCUUUGAAAUUGAUUGCAUAAUAUGCAUGUUGCAUAUUUAAAUUUUGGUUCGGUAUAACUAUCGAUCAUUUUAUUUCCCCCCCCCCCCCCCCCCCCCAUUACUAAUGCUAAGACUGUAUACAGUGCAUUUGGAAAUUGUUCAGACCACUUGACUUUUUCCACAUUUUGUUAUGAUACAGCCUUAUUCUAAAAUUGAUUAAAUAAAAUAUUUUCCUCAUCAAUCUACACACAAUACCCCAUAAUGAAAUGUCUGCAAAUUUAUUAAAAGUAGAAAAGAGAACCGAGAAACUUCCAGAAGGACAACCAUCUCUGCAGUACUCCACCAAUCAGGCCUUAAUGGUAGUGGCCAGACGGAAGCCAUUUCUCAGUAAAAGGCACACGACAACCCGCUUGGAGUUUGCCAAAGGGCACCUAUAGGACUCAGAUCAUGAGAAACAAGAUUCUCUGGUCUGAUGGAACUCUUUGGCCUGAAUGCCAGGAAACAUGGCACCAUCCCUACGGUGACGUAUGGUGGUGGCAGCAUCAUGCUGUGGGGAUGUUUUUAAGUGGCAGGCACUGGGAGACUAGUCAGGAUCAAGGGAAAGAUGAACGGCGCAAAGUAUGGAGAGAUCCUUGAUGAAAACCUGCUCCAGAGUACUCAGGACCUCCGACUGAGGUGAAGGUUCACCUUCCAACAAGACACCGACCCUAAGCACACAGCCAAGACAAUGCAGGAGUGGCUUCGGGACAAGUCUCAAUGUCUUUGAGUGAACCCAAUCGAACAUCUCUGGAGACCUGAAAAUAGUUGUGCAGCGACGCUCUCCUUCCAACCUGACGAUGCUUGAGAGGAUCUGCAGAUUAGAAUGGGAGAAGCCUCUCAUACAGGUGUGCCAAGCUUGUAGCGUCAUACCUAAGAAGAAUCGAGGCUGUAAUCGCUGCGAAAGGUGCUUCAACAAAUACUGAUUAAUGGGUCUGAAUACCUUUUUUUAUUUUUUAUUUACACACAUUUCUACGCUUGUUUUUGCUUUGUCAUUAUGGGGUAUUGUGUGUAGAUUGAGGGGGAAAAUAAGAUUUUUAAUCCAUUUUAGAAUAAGGCUGUAAAGUAACAAAAUGUGGAAAAAGCCAAGGGGUCUGAAUACUUUCCGAAUGCACUGUAUGUUCUUUGUUAAUGACGCUAAGCCUGUAUGUGUGCCCCUCUCCCAGAGGGGGAGCGGAACCCCAAGCCUGCUGUCGCGGGGCCCCAGAGGGACGAGGACUUUGAGGGAGCCCAGUGGAGCUGUGAAGAAUGCACCUUCCUCAACCACCCUGCACUCAACCGCUGUGAACAGUGCGAAAUGCCGCGCUACACCUGAACCGUUCUGGACAGUAGUCCCCCCCCCCCCCCCCCCCCCCUCACUUCCUUUUCCUGUAAACUCCUCUGCCCAUGUUCUUGUGUAAUGACCCUCCUUCCCUGUCAAUCUAUAUAUAAGCCCCUCCCACCUGUUGAGGAAGAGCCACCCCCUCACCCCCCACUCCUUUUGUCUCAUUAGAGGAACUCACCCAUGCACUUUGACCCUUGUCUCCAUUGGUGAAAAACAUUUUCCCAGGAUGAGGACAGCAGGAGACUAUUCCCAUGGCAACCCAAAAGGGAGGGACUAGCUGUGUGGACAGUGGCAGUGGCUACAGAACAGCCAAUGAAGCAUUGUUUUUAGAAUACGGAGGAGGCGGCGUGGUUUAUCCGGUGAACAUUCCGUUGCAGAAUGAAUGAGAUUGUCCUGUUUACACAACUGAGCCCAUUCCCAAACCCUACCGACGGGCGGACGUUCUUUCCCUUACAAAAUGACCAGGGCUGCACUCUCUGGCAGUGGGACAAUGCAAUUGCAUAAAGAAAGGGUCUGAUGAACUAAUCCUAAUGUAGAUUAUACACUGUAUCAGCUCUGUACCAAGAGCUCCUUCUUUCAUCGAAUGAAGAACACUAAAGAGGCUUGCAUAUGAAUAUAUUCCUGGUACUUUUAUGCAUAUUAUGCCUACACUGUAUUCCAUGUUUUUAAAAAAAGAUUUCCCCGUGCAAAUGCCUCAAGUUACUGUACUUAAUAAAGGAGCUGAUUCUAUGUGA